GACUUUUGACAAUUUAUGGAACGCACUCACGUCCAGCCACCACGUGAGACCAAAUUUACAGUUUGACAUUUAAUUGAAUAAAAAAACAACAAGAAGAUAGUUACAAAAGAAUAAAACUAAAUAUAAAAUGGGCCAACAGGAAGAAAAUCACGUGAAAAUGGAUACAAAUCAAAGUGAAAAAAAGAUAGAUUACAAAAAUAAAAUUGUACUAGCGCCCAUGGUGAAAAUCGGAACACUUGCAACACGAUUGCUUGCAUUGCAAUACGGUGCUGAUCUUGUUUACACCGAAGAAAUUAUCGACUUCAAGUUCUUAAGAACCUAUCGCCACGAAAAUGAAAUUCUAGGCACGGUGGAUUUCAUUGAUAAAUACAAUGGAAUAAUUGUAUUUCGAACAUGUCCAAAGUUGGAAAAAGGAAAGGUUGUAUUGCAGCUGGGAACGGCAAAUGCUGAACGGGCGUUGAAAGUGGCCAAAAUGGUGGAAAACGAUGUGGCUGCCAUUGAUAUUAAUAUGGGCUGCCCAAAGGAGUUCUCGUUAAAAGGUGGAAUGGGAGCGGCCUUACUAACAGAUCCAGAGAGAGCGAAAAGCAUAUUGAAUCUUCUUGUGGAAAAUCUUAAAAUUCCGGUUACAUGCAAAAUUCGGAUUUUAAACGAAUUAGAUGAUACACUCAAAUUGGCUAAAGAGCUGCAGUCCACUGGAAUCAGUGCAAUCGGAGUACAUGGACGCAGAAAACAUGAGCGGCCACAACACGCAAACAAUCCAGGAGCAAUACGAAAAAUAGCCGAGCAUUUGACGAUUCCAGUUAUAGCGAAUGGUGGAUCUCGUGAUAUUGAAACAUACAAUGACAUCUUAAAAUUUCGAGAUGAAUGUGGAGCUACGAGUGUUAUGAUUGCUCGAGCAGCCGAAUGGAAUACUUCAAUUUUUCGCAAAGAAGGAAAAUUGCCAUUAGACGAAGUUAUAACGGAGUAUUUAAAGUUUUGCAUUGAAUAUGAUAGUUCGCCAAAUAUUACAAAAUACUGUGUACAAAUGAUGCUUCGUGAAUUACAAGAAACGCCAAGAGGGAAGAAGUUUUUGGAGUGCCAAACUUUAGAUGAAAUUUGUGAUAUCUGGAAUUUGGGUGACUAUUGCCGACAGAAACAACGAGAGUUUGAAGAAAGAGGUAUGCACAUUCGACGGAAUUGUGUGCCAGAUAGCGAAGUUCGAAAGCAAGCCGAUGACACCUGUGCCGACGAUGGUCCAAGUGCAAAGCGACUGAAACCAUUCAACGAUCCGAAUAUUUACACCAGAAAUGUUGCAUACUAUCGAGCUCAUUACACACAUGAAAAUAUGCCAAAAGUGAUUCUUCAUGCACAUGCGAGGAAGAAAGGUCUUAACAUGCCGACAUAUUCGACGACUCAAGAAGAUCGAUUAUUCCAAACGAUAAUUACGUUUCAAGACCAAAAGUACGCCAGCUCGUAUUGGGAAAAGAAUAAACGAUUCGCUGAACAAGGCGCAGCUCUUGUAUGUUUGCUUAAACUCGGUUUAGUUAAUAAAGAAGAUCUUAUUAAAAAUGGAAGCCUCACGAAAUAAACUUUUUAAAGAAUUCGAAUAAUA